AUGGAGAAUAACCAGAAAAGCAACACUGAGAUGAAAGAAAAUAAGACAGUGAAGAAAAAAAUGGAUUGGUCUGGCAGUCUUAUUGUGGCCUCCCUAGUCGGUGCUUUUGGGUCAUCCUUUCUGUACGGUUACAACCUCUCCGUCGUGAAUGCUCCCGCGGUGUAUAUCAAGAGGUUUUACAAUGAAACUUGGCAAAGAAGAUAUGGCUCCUCGAUGGAGGAAAACACGCUGACGCUCCUCUGGUCUAUAACUGUCUCUAUUUUUGCCAUUGGUGGCCUUGUGGGUGCGAUCAUUGUCACCCCAAUUGUGAAGUUCUUUGGACGGAAACGUACCUUGCUGCUCAAUAACAUCUUUGCAGUUGUGGCCGCGCUGCUGAUGUCCCUCUCUCUGUUGGCGGGCUCCUUUGAAAUGCUUAUUCUGGGUCGCAUUAUAAUGGGUGUUGAUGCAGGCAUCUCUCUGAGUGCCCUUCCCAUGUAUCUGAGUGAAAUAUCUCCCAAGGAAAUCCGUGGUUCAUUGGGUCAAGUCACAGCAAUUUUCAUUUGUAUUGGUGUUUUCACUGGGCAAGUGUUGGGGCUGCCGGAAAUAUUUGGGAGAGAAUCUCGAUGGCCGUACUUAUUUGGAAUGAUUAUUGUUCCAUCGCUGAUUCAAGUCGUGAUUUUGCCAUUCCUUCCUGAAAGUCCCCGUUACCUCCUACUUGAAAAGCAUGACACACACAGGGCAGAGAAAGCAUUUCAGACCUUCCUUGGGAAAGAGGACGUAUCUCGUGAAGUAGAAGAAGUUUUGUCAGAGAGUCGAGUCCAAAGAAACACCAAGUUGGUGUCGGUGCUUCAGCUGCUGAGAACCCGGGCCGUGCGCUGGCAGGUCCUUACUGUGGUCGUCACCAUGGGCUGCUACCAGCUCUGCGGGCUAAAUGCUAUCUGGUACUACACAAACAGCAUCUUCAGUGAAUCGGGGAUUAACCAAGAAACAAUCCCGUAUGUUACUCUAAGCACUGGUGCUACUGAGACUGUGGCUGCUGUUUUUUCAGGCUUAGUUAUUGAACGGCUUGGACGUAGACCUCUACUCAUCGGAGGCUUUGGGUUGAUGGUUGUCUUCUUUGCAGUACUGACGACAUCUCUGACUUUGCAGAAUAAGGUGCACUGGCUCCCUUACCUCAGCAUAGCUUGCAUUCUUGCAAUUAUUGCAUCAUUCUGCAUUGGACCAGGUGGGAUUCCUUUUGUCCUGACUGGAGAGUUUUUUCAGCAGUCUCAAAGGCCGGCUGCCUUCAUGAUAGCUGGGACAGUCAACUGGCUCUCCAACUUCGCAGUCGGACUUCUUUUCCCUUUCAUUCAGAGUGGUUUACAGACCUACUGCUUCCUGGUGUUCGCUGCCAUCUGCUUGGCAGGAGCCACCUACCUCUUCUUCGUCCUGCCUGAAACCAAAAACAAGACAUUUAAUGAGAUCAGCCAGGCAUUUGCCAAAAGGAAUAAAGUAUCUUUAGAAAUGCAAGAAAUGAACCACUAUCCAGAAGAAAGGAAAUCAAGUGCAGAACAGGAAUCAAACUUCACUUCUGCUGUGGACAAAGUGGAGACCAAGACCGGAAUUGUAUAA